AUGCUCUCCUUGUUUGGAUCUGGCAAGGGCAAGCGACGCGAAGACCGCCCCCUUGCCCUCAACGACUUCAAGCUGGGUCCCUUCAAGUUCGGCAGUACGAGCAACACCCCCAACAGCGAAUGCGCUUACUCUGCACUCACUUCAUCCACAGAGACAGCCGUCGACAUCCCGCUCGCCCUUUCACCUUCGCGCGACUCGGCAUCCUCUCUUGAUUGCUACGCAGAGUCUUCCUCGCCUCCGCCAGGCUACUAUAAGCAGCCUUCCUACUACUCAGCCUGGAUCGGCAAGACUCACCGACGCGCCAGGAGCACGUCACGGAGAUGUAAGCUCAUUCUCUUUGCACUCAUCGUGCUACCUUGCCUCUAUACUUUCUGUUACGUCACAUUCCGGCCGCCAAGUUACAUCGUCCUUCCGCCAGAAAAGUACGUUGGAAUCCUCAGAGAUACUCUGACGCGGCACAUUCCAUCUCAAGCGGCACGCCAGGCGCUCGGCGACCACCUCUCCAGGAUUGAACAUCCUGACCCGAGCUCGAAACCAGCAAGCUCAGCACAGACUGACGGCAGACAGCAGCCGUCCGCCUCUCAUGCGAUGCCAGCAUCAAUCGUACCGGCCACCAUCUGGUCCUCCGACGGCAAACCUGCACCUAGCGCAUGGUUUGCAAAGUGGUCGCAGAUGGGCUUCGAGCCCAAGUUCCUCGACGAUGCUGGCGCCGAAGCGUGGAUCAAGUCUCACUUCGACAACUCUUCGAUCCAGCACAUGUGGGACUCGAUGCCACGAUUCAUUCUCAAGGCCGAUCUGCUGCGCUAUCUCCUCAUGUUGCAGGAAGGCGGUACGUGGAGCGAUAUGGAUACCGUCCCGCUCAUGCACCGCACAAAUUGGACCAAGGAUGCGAUCCCACUUUCGUCCAUCCUUCCCGAGGACAAGGGUAUCUUCGGCAGGUCGCGACUCGAUUUGGCCGAACAGGCUCGUCGGGAUUCGGCAGCUCUGGCGCAGGACGAACCGGUCCGUGCCGUGAUUGGAAUCGAGAACGAUCCCAACGAGAACCACGACCCGCGCAACUUUUUCGAGCGACUGCGUCUGCUGCCGUUGAAACGUCAUCGACCGUUGCAGUUUGUUCAGUGGACGUUGCACUCUGCUCGUGAUCAUCCGAUCAUGCUCGAUGUGCUGCGACGUAUCCUGGAAGCGAGCGAGGUGUAUCGCGGGUACGAGAUCGAACAGCAACGCGAUGCGAACAGCGAUGGAUGGGGGUGGGACGAGAAGAGCGUGGAAGAGGCGAAAGCGCAGGCGAAGGGGAGAGAGUCGCACACGACGCAUCCCUGGGACGGCACGUCGAUGACGUGGAAGUGGCAAGCAGGGCAUUGGCGGUGGGGCUGGGACGUGCUGAGUGUCGAGGAGUGGACGGGUCCUGCGGUGUUUACGGAUGCGGUGGUGAGCUACCUGUAUGCCACGGCCGGGGUGAGACCGGAGGAUCUAUCGGGUUUGCAACAUCCGGUCAAGAUUAGGGACGUGGUCGUGGUGCCCAGCGACGGGUUCAAUCCCAAGGGGAGAAGGAAGGAAGGUGUCAGCAGGUUGGUUCAUUUGUUCAGGGGCAGUUGGAAGGGGUGA